UAGAACAAUGCUGUCCAGUCAUGAUAGGACCUGCGACCACACGCUUAGAGAUUAGACUAGCUGCUUCAGCUUAGCCGUGUACUGGCGCUGUACAGUUUAACAACUUAGUUACAUUGCAUCACCCGAAGCCAUGCAAAACGUCUAGCUGAUUAGCUAUGUUAAAUACACUGCUGUUUUAUCAUGAGGUAUUUAACACGGACAGCCAAAGGAGUAUCAUCUUUAUCUUCUAUGCAGGCGUUUCCCUGUCCUGCACUUGGGAACCUCCUUGCAUUUAGCAUCAAAAUCUGUACUCAUUUCUUGGAUUGUGAACGGUGUCGCUAGUGACGACUUUCACCUCAUGUGGGGUUGAAAAUAUUUAUUUUCCAGCUAAGCAUUCUCUCCAAAAUGUCUGACGAGGAGGAGCAAACGAAGGUUUUUGUAGGACAGCAGGCACUUGCAUUCCUUUUGGCCACGCAAGCUCACUAGUCAGAAAGAUGUGAUUUAACCUUUACACACUGUUCAGGUAAGAUUUGACCAAUUUUGACAUUUAAAAGCAAUAAAAACACCCUAAGUACAUAAUUUAACCCUGAAUAUAUAAAAAUGGAAAUCUGUCAAAAUUAUUUAUUCUUGUGCAGCUGGUAUACAUUUUUGAACACAUUUGGUAGAGAGAGGUUAUGGGGAAUCUUGAAACGGUGAAACUACAGAUUGGCAUGUGUGUGUAUUUCUGUCAUUCGGACAGUGGGGACAGAGUUCAAGGGGGACCUUGACACUGUCAUGAGAACUGCCUGGGUUCCCACCAUAUGUCUACAUUUGCCAGGGUUCCACCCAGGCAGGCUUUGAGGUGUUAUGGGGGAAUCUUGAAACAGUGAAAGACUAAAACUGUGCAUAGGCAUCACAUAUGGUGUACAUACAGUGGGGACAUAGAGUCACGAGCCUUGACACUGCAUCUGCAUCUGUGAACAAGCCUACACAAAAUAACAUAUCAAACCCAUCAAUUCCCAGGCAACCAACAUAGUGGUUGUCCAACAUAGUCCCCCCUGUAGUGGAGGGCAGCUUUCACAGGGCUAUAAAAAGUACCUGAGUGCUUAUUUCACUGAUUUGGUGGCGUGAAAGGAGCGAUUUGGUGGAUCUGUUGAACCAAGCUGAAAAAGGAGACAGUGAGUUAAAGAGAAAGUGUUGGAAAAGGAGGACAACAUGGAGGAAAUGGAGGAAAGGCCCUUGUGACUUCUCUCAUGCAAAGGCGACCCCACCUUUCCCACACGCCAGCGACAGCAGCACUGUAGUCCAUAUCUUCCCCUGAUCAGUCUGCAGUCCUCAGUUUAUUGCCACAAGGGGAAAAAGAGGUGGAGAUACAACUUCUGCACAACAAAAAGGACUGUAAAAGUAAUAUUUGCAGUUUUGUUUGAUUGAAAUUUGCAAACCAGUUUGUUGGUUUUCUGACUAAUACACUCAGUGCAGAGUUGACUGUGCACAACUGACAGAAAAGGAGGGCAUGUGGUUUACAGGCAGUGCUGAUUGAUGGUUUUAAUAGUUAUAAUGCAACCUACAAUUCAAAAAUAUUGUUACAUCCUUCACUGUUAAUAAAAUUCAUAGAAAUUAUUAUGGCUGUUAUGUUCUCUUGUUGUAGAUAACAUGAGAUCAUAAUAUGAUGUGAUUGUUAAAGUAUUUUCUCUAUAAAUGAAUUGUGUCAAACCUAAAGAAAACAUUUUCUCUGCUCUCUGAAACAUUAAUGAAGGAUUAAUCACCCAUUUAUUCAAAAUUCACCCAAAUUCAAAAUUUGGUAUAGAGAUUAAUUAUAAAGGGAUACUUGAACCAGGUCAGAAAUGACUCGCUCCAUACUGUGAAGGGUCAGAAUAUAAUCAGUAUUGGGUACUGUGAGGGUUAAAUGUGUAAUUUAUGUUUUGAAACUUGAUAUUUUUGUCAUUUUACUUUUACCUCCACUCAGCCUACUGCAUGAACUUCAAGUUGUGUCCCGCCCAGAUGUUCUCUGUGUGACUAGCACACUCUGAAUACUCAUUAUGUUGUUGCUGCAGAAAUGUGAGCUAUGUUGCAGACGUGUGUUUAUUUUCCAUAUCUGACCAGUCAAGACCCACAUCAUGCAUGGAUGGCAUAUGAUGGAAUGCUCAUUAUAUAUACCAAAGAGUAUCCCAAGUGUACUGUUUGCAGAGGAGGCGUUUUCAUGUGGUUUUACGUGCUUCCACUGCCCAUGGGUGGGUCCUGUUGGCGUCUUUUUUUGGGUGGUGAUGUGCUGUGGGACUACGAGGGCAGAGCUGUUUCUCCACAGAGGAAAUGGGCGUUCUCCUUGGAAAGUUUGGAUGGAGUGACUGAGAAAAUAUAGGGGGUGUGGCGAGACUAGAAAGGAGAGGACCACCUAGAGGGGCACACUGUUGCAGAGUGGGGAAGCAGCCCCAGAGAUCUGAUUCAGAGGAACAAGCAAUACCAGGGGGAAUCAGAAAAUGGCGUACCUGCUUAUGUUUGUGAUCUUGCUGCAUCUCAUUACACUGGCCAUGCUGUUCAUUGCAACCAUGGAGAAGUCCUGGUGGGUGUGGGAUGGGAUGGAGAACUCAGACUUAUGGUACAACUGUAGGUUUGACAACUUCACAGGAACCUGGUUGUGUGCAUCCUCCAAAGAAACUGAGUGGCUUCAGGCAGUUCAGGUCCUGAUGGUCGUCUCAGUGGUCUUCUCUUCGGUCUCCUUCUUGGUCUUCCUGGGUCAACUGUUCACCAUGUCGAAGGGUGGACUCUUCUACUUCACUGGGCUGUGUCAAGUCUUUUCAGGCCUGACAGCCUUUUCUGCAGCUCUCAUCUACACAUUACACAACAAGGAAAUCCUUCAGGACUCCAGAGACCUGACUUCAGGACACUUUGGCUACUGCUUCAUCCUAGCCUGGGUGUGUGUCCCUCUGUUGCUGAGUAGCGGGAUCAUAUACCUCCACCUGCGCAAGAAAAAAAAGUGACCUGAAAAAGUAAAACAUUGUCAGCAGUAUUAGAAAAAAAUAAAUAAAACUGGCUUGACUUCUUGUUAAUCAGAAAUGGUAAUUUUGCAGGAGUCACAUCAGAUUUGUCACAAAUGCCUUUGUUAUGAUUUCUGCUCAUUUGAUUAAUGUAAUUGUUGUAUUGUAAAUACUGGAAAAUAUAUUGGAAACAUUAUUGAUGAAAUAAAGGACUAUCUUUUGGCAGGCAUUAAAUCUUCAACAUCAUUCCAAUAUAUGCUCAUUUUAUGUUUUAAAACAUUUUUACAAUACAAGGUUUUUAUUUUCCAAUGCUGUCCUGUGUAGACCAGGGCAACAGAUACCAAAGCAAUAUUAUGUAUUCUUUAUUAGUAUUGUAGGCUUUUAACCAUAUGAGGCACUUUGAAUUACUUUUAAUUUUCUAUAGAGCAAACUGGAAAUAUAUAUUUUUUGUACCUGAAGCUCAUCUGUAGAAUCUAUUCAGUAGUUGCU